UGAUCAUUGCCCCCAUACACAAUCGGACGUCGUCCAUCAGUACGAGACUGUUUGGAAUUCGCUUUGGAAAAGCUGUAGAGCGUACUGCUGCUUAAAGAUACUGCACACGCGACCGUAGCAAUAUGUCUGAAUCGAAUUUUAAAAGCCUAGAAGCCACCCUCAACAAAUAUAUUCCUCCGGAAGAGCUACGUGAAGUGAAGCGAGUGUUGUAUGGACGGCCAGACGACAAUGAGCUACAAUUUUCCGAGGAAACCAUUUCACUGGCCAAAGACGUUGACAUCGAGCUGAAAGGUUAUGUUUUUACAGCGCGGAAGGAAGAUCUACGACGGCCGAGAAUUGUGCGGGUGGCAGCAGUACAAAACACGGUAGACAUUCCGACCACGGCACCGAUUCAUGUGCAGCGCGAUGCUUUACAUGAGAAGAUUUCGAACAUUUUGCGUGUCGCCGUCACUGCCGGAGUCAACAUCGUAUGCCUUCAGGAAGCAUGGACUAUGCCAUUUGCAUUUUGCACGCGCGAAAAGUUUCCCUGGUGCGAAUUUGCCGAAGAUGUAGAAAAUGGACCAACGACUAAGAUGCUGAAAGAGUUAGCCAAACAGUACAACAUGGUGAUCAUUUCGCCCAUCCUGGAACGUGACGCAAACCAUCACGAUACGAUUUGGAAUACGGCAGUAGUCAUUUCCAAUAAUGGAUCGUAUGUUGGCAAACAUCGAAAAAACCAUAUACCGCGUGUGGGUGAUUUCAAUGAGUCAACCUAUUACUAUGAGGGCGAUACGGGGCAUCCGGUGUUUGACACACAGUUUGGACGCAUUGGCAUCAACAUUUGCUACGGACGCCAUCAUCCACAGAACUGGAUGAUGUUUGGCGUGAAUGGAGCAGAGAUUGUAUUCAACCCAUCGGCCACUGUAGGUGGAUUAAGUGAACCACUGUGGGGAAUUGAAGCACGUAAUGCGGCCAUCGCUAACAGCUUCUUCGCCGUGGCAAUCAAUCGAGUCGGUACGGAAGUGUUCCCGAACGAAUUCACCUCCGGCAACGGACUCCCAGCGCACAAAGACUUUGGUCCAUUUUAUGGUUCGUCUUACGUGGCUGCACCCGACGGUUCUCGGACGCCCGGUCUGUCCCGCGAUAAGAGUGGUCUGUUGGUGGUCGAGAUGGAUUUGAACCUUUGUCGACAGAUAAAAGAUUUCUGGGGUUUCCAAAUGACCCAGCGUUUACCACUAUACGCGGAAAGCUUAGCAAAAGCAAUUAAGCCCGACUACAAACCCCAGAUAGUGCGAGAAAACUGAACAGAUUUACUGCAACAGAUGCAAAUGUUUAAGUAUCUAAAGUGACUGUUUACAACGGCUUGGAUAAGCGUUCCAACAACGCAGUUGUUGGUAGGUUCGUGCUUUAAAUUAAGCAGAAUGAUUGUAACAAGGAUAGAAAUGUUUUUCGAUGCAAGGUAAUGGGAUAGAAGUAGCAUCAGAGAUUCUCCGUACUGAAUACAGUACGAUUUUCCAUGUGUUACAAUUGUUUUAAAAUAAAAUUAAAAAAGAAUCGUUCAAAAGUUUACUAUUUAAAAAAAAAAUUGCAGGUAAAGGUAGAGGUAAAGCGGGAUUGUAAUGAAAUUAUUCCGGAAUGUUACACAAGAUUAGAACAAAAGGAAUGAUAAAUAAUGAAGUAAAAUGAAAUGAAAAAUGAAAAAGA